AGCCCAUCAAUCCAAAAUGUUCCGCCCGCAAAACCCACCGGAAAAACUUUCCGAGGAUCAAAUCGAGGAGCUAAAGGAAGCUUUCUCGCUGUUCGACACCAACGGUGACGGGACUAUAACCAGCUCCGAGCUGGGCACAGUCCUUCGAUCCCUCGGUAAAAAUGUAUCCGACGCGGAAGUGGAAGAACUGCUCAAGGAAGUCAGCGUCGAUCACGAGGGGAUGAUCCAUUUUCCGGACUUUGUCGCCAUGAUGUCCAUUCGGUUGCGGGAUUUUAACAGCGAGGACGAACUGAAGGAAGCUUUCCGCAUGUUCGACCGCAACGGAGACGGAAUGAUUUCGGCGGACGAGCUGCGUCUGGCUUUGCAAUCGUUCGGCGAGCAGCUGGCCGACGAGGAAAUCGAAGAACUGCUCCGGGAGGCGGAUAUCAACUGCGACGGACAAAUAGACUACCAGGACUUUUUUGCUUCGGACGCGCGCGCCGGGGGAAUUGGAUUGCUUACUGAGGAGGAAGAAACAAAUCCGAAUGAAACACUUCGCUUCCAUUUCCAGUCGCACACCAGCUGUCGGUCUUCUGAAACGGUGAUGGUAGGUUUGCAAGAAAGGAAGAACUUCCUGGGCGCCUUUGAAAAGCUCGGCGCAAUAUCAAACAUUAAUUAAAUCGAUAAGUUGUCCAGUGUGCUCUGGAGGAUGUUUUUCGCAGCUGGAGGGUAGUUUUAUCUGGGCUCAGUUGGAGCUGGACAGCAACUUUUGCUUUUUGCGUGGAACUUCGAUUGCAAAAUUAAAAAUGGUGUACAAUUCGAUAA